AUGCCGCGCAGCCGCCGAUCAACAGCGGCACGCGCGUCACCAGCGACACCCUCCCGACCGAACCGCUCGCGCAAGGUCAAGGAGGAAACUGAGAGCGCCGGCGAAGAUAUGGACGUCGACGGAUACGAGGACCCUGAUGACGAGGAAGACGUCCCUGGUCCAUCCAAGCGAUCGAAGGCUCGUAAGCCUCGUGCAUCGGCAGCCAAGAAGCGCCGUAUUGUCGAGGACGACGCCACCGAGCUCUCAGAGGACGAGGUCUCCACACACUCCCGCCGCCGCAGCUCCAAACAGGUCUCGUACAAGGAGAUUCCCAUCGACAAUGACGAGGCGGAUGACGAUGACGAUGCUGAGGAGGAGGAAGACGAGGAAGAGGAGGAAGAGGAAGAGGAGGUCAAGGUUGAGAAGCGCUCAACACCAGCGCGCCGAGGAAGGAAGGCGAAGGAAGACAAGGGUGACAAACCCUACAAGAAGGAAGGCGGCGGUGGCCGAGGCGGUUUCAGUGUCAAGGGCGCUGCUGCUGCCGCCGCCCGUGCUCGUUGGGACAAGGUCCGCCGAGAACGUGCAGAGCGCGGGGAAGACCCCGACGAGACCCCGCGCAGCCGCCGUACCAACACCGUUACGAAGAAGGACCCCCGUGGCGCGCUCGAGAACGUCAUCGAGGGCCACAAGUACUCAAUCAAGGGCCAGGAGUAUGUGGCUGCCGAUGAUGAGCUCAUCCUUCCGGACGACCCCAAGGGUGACACCAAGAUCGAUGCCGAGGGCCACCUCCUGGGCGGUCGCGAGUACAAGCUUGUCACUUUCACGUCGCCGACGCGCAAGAACCCGAACCGUGUUUAUGCUCUCACGAUCGACGCCGCCCGUGCAUGUGGAUACACUGAUUCGCUUGCCUUCCUCCGUCGUUGCCCGCAGAUCGUCAAGCUUUCCUGCAACCCUGAGGAGCGCGAGAUGUUGAUUGAGGUCGGACGCAUAACAGGCAACCUCAAGCACCGUAUGGUCACCAUGGUGGCUAUGCGCAAUGUGUACAAGCUCAUGGGAGCAAGGCUUGUGAAGGACGGAAAAUGGGUCGACGACGACUAUAACGAGGAGCAGGCUCUGCAGGACUGCGCAAACAACGGCUACAAGCCGCAUGGCCCGGUCACGGAGGAAGAGUUGGCGGCGAACCAGUACCCGUCUGCCGGAGGUCCCCGUCCGGCGGCUAGCCAAAGCAUGUAUGCGGACGGCCAAGCGUCGAAGUCGACUCUGGCAUCGUUCUACCCCGCGGGCGGAGCGACGACCCAGUUUGGUUCCAACGGCGCUGAUCCCUGGGCCGACAAUCUGAACCAGAAGCGGCAUCGCCUGCGUCAAUUAGGCGUUACCGAGGAGGACUGGAUGCUCCGUACGGCGGAGGAUUCCCGACGCAUCGACGAGACACUGCGCGGGAUCCGAGAAGAGCGCAUCACGGAGCUCGAAGGAGUCGAUGCCACUCGCGGCUGGGUGUACGCCACGGAACGCUAUUCCGAGGGGCUCGUCAAGAAGGAACCUCAGCACCCACUUGCCCGCGAACUCUCCUUGGACGCGGCGCCGUCCAGCGACGCACUUUCACCUGCGCCACCUGAGUCAGCCGUUAAUGUCGCCCUGGCUGAGGCUAAUGGCAACCCCGAAACGGAGCAGGCGGAGCGCCGCACCUUCGAGGGCACCCCGGGAGGCAAGAUUGUUGUGGAGAACGAGGCCGAGACCGUGAAUGGCCGGCCACGCAAGGGCAAGUGGACGCCUGGAGUCAUCCGUGCCGCCUACGAGCCCCACACGCAGAUGCCUCACGUCCCUCUGAGCACGCAACCCACGUAUGGUUCGCUCGAUCGCGUCGCGUACAAGCCUCUGAUCGGCCUGGAGUCUGAGGCUCGCCUGAAGACCGCUCCUGGCAUUGCCUCCGUCGAGUUUGCGUUCAACCCUACUCACGCCGGAUAUGGGUGGUUGGACUUUGGUGAUGGUAUUCAGGGAGCGCAUGUAGCCGAGCAGAGGACUGCCGCUGUGAAGGCGGCCGAGGAGUGGGAGCGCAGCCUAAGGGAGCAGCGCAAGCAGCGGCGCUCAGAAGUUUCGUAA